AUGGUCAUGAGUGAAGAGAAGUCACUAUAUUUGAUGCUUAGAAAUAUAAAGAGAGCUGUUCGAUCUGUUCGUAGAAACAAUAGCAGAUACCUGGAACCGAGUAAAAAUGGGCCGAUUGUCUCAGUUGGACCGAAUAUCCACUACUGCCGGUCGUACAUGCAAUAUAAGUUUCCUUGUGAAGCACGUAGUUCAUUCUUGUGGCAUGGGACAAGGGAAACCUUUCGAAAAUGCUGUUCUUUCAGGAACUUUUCUGUAACCUCAGCAAGCAAUACAGUCACACAUGAUUCCAAGAUUGCUUUGAAAAGGCUGUACAGAAAAUACUGUUCCAGUGGUGAUGGUACAUUUCCUCCUACCGUAAAUAUGAUUGCUCAGGCAGUGAGUUUGGCCCUUGCUCGAUCGUUUUUGCUAGUUCCUGGUGUUAUGGCAUUGACAUGUGGAGAUCUAGCAUCAGCACAGCGAAGUUGGGCAGAUGCAGAACGAUACCCAUCACAAAAUGCUUUGUACAUGCAUGCACAAGAUGGGUAUAAUUACAUGUUUACAUUUACAUUCAUAAUAGUUGAAGGACUUAUCUUAUUAGUGAGGGCUCUCUAUCUAGCAAUAUUAUUCUCUCCUAGCAUUGUGAUGGCACCAUUUGCAGAUAGUUUUGGACCAAAUUUUAGGAAACUGUGGCUCCAUGUUGUUCAUCGCACACUAGAAAAAUCAGGUCCAGCAUUCAUAAAAUGGGGUCAGUGGGCAGCUACAAGGCCUGAUCUCUUUCCUAGAGAUUUAUGCACUAAGCUUUCAGAACUUCAUACCAAAGCUCCUGAGCAUAGUUUCAGCUACACAAAGAAAACUAUAGAAAGAGCAUUUGGUCGAAAAAUUUCUGAAAUUUUUGACAAUUUUGAAGAACUUCCUGUUGCAUCUGGAAGCAUUGCUCAAGUGCACCGGGCUUCAUUAAAAUAUCGUUAUCCUGGUCAGCAAGCAAAGCCACUGGUGGUUGCAGUAAAGGUUAGACAUCCUGGUGUGGGAGAGUCAAUCAGACGAGAUUUUGCUAUUAUUAAUUUGGUGGCAAAAGUUUCAAACUUCAUUCCUGCCCUUAAUUGGUUAAGAUUAGAUGAGAGUGUACAACAAUUUGCAGUUUUCAUGAUGUCUCAAGUUGACCUUGCCAGGGAAGCUGCCCAUUUGAGUCGUUUUAUUUAUAAUUUCCGCAGAUGGAAGGAUGUUUCUUUCCCUAAGCCUGUCUAUCCACUAGUGCACCCAGCUGUUUUGGUGGAAACAUAUGAGAUGGGUGAGAGUGUCUCGUAUUAUGUUGAUGAUCUUCAAGGACAUGAACGGGUAAAAUCUGCUCUUGCUCACAUUGGGACUCAUGCACUUCUGAAAAUGCUUCUGGUGGACAACUUUAUUCACGCAGAUAUGCAUCCUGGAAAUAUCCUUGUUCGGAUGGCACAGAGCAAAUCUCGUAAACGGCUCUUCAAAUCAAAGCCUCAUGUCGUUUUCCUUGAUGUAGGCAUGACUGCUGAACUCUCUGGUAGUGAUAGAAUAAAUUUACUGGAAUUUUUUAAAGCUGUUGCACGCCGAGAUGGACGCACUGCUGCAGAAUGUGCCCUCAGCUUGUCAAAGCAACAGAACUGCCCAAAUCCUGAUGCCUUCAUUGAGGAAGUGGAAGAAGCGUUUACAUUUUGGGGCACCCCAGAAGGUGACUUGGUUCAUCCUGCUGAGUGCAUGGAGCAAUUACUUGAGAAAGUUAGGCGUCACAGAGUUAAUAUUGAUGGCAAUGUUUGUACGGUCAUGGUGACCACCUUGGUUCUUGAGGGUUGGCAGCGAAAGCUUGAUCCUGGGUACAAUGUGAUGCAGACGCUGCAGACGUUGCUACUUAGAGCUGAUUGGGCGAAGUCUCUUUCUUACACAAUUGACGGACUCAUGGCCCCUUAG